GUUGUCAAACAACGGUUCCCCUCCGGAGGUUAUUUCGUUGCACAUGCUAAAAGAGGCUAGCGGAAAACAAACACAACAGAAAUCUUGUUCAUCAUGGCAGAGACACACAGCCUGCAGGACAUGAGGCAGCAGGCGGCCGUCGCUGCCAAAGUCUUCCUCCAGAGAGAUUACACCAACGGCACCGUGUGCCAGUUCCAGACCAAGUUCCCCUCUGAGCUGGAGACCCGGAUUGAGAAACAGCAGUUUGAGGAGACGCUGCGGAUGCUGAAUAACCUGUACGCUGAAGCGGAGAAGUUGGGAAGCCAGUCAUAUAUCGAAGGCUGUCUGGCCUGCCUCACUGCGUACACCGUCUUCCUGUGUAUGGAGACUCACUACGAGAAGGUUUUGAAGAAGGUUGCAAAGUACAUUCAGGAGCAGAACGACAAGAUCUACGCACCGCGAGGCCUCCUGCUCACCGACCCCAUCGAGAGAGGCCUGCGAGUCAUUGAGGUGACCAUCUUUGAAGACAGAAGCCUGACCAGAUAGAAGCUGCCUUGCUGAUUGGCCGAACAGUUCUUCAAGAUCCACAUCAGGGCCCCCCCAAUGAGGAGACCUGCACCCUAAAAACUGCGUCCCUACAAUCUACCCCUCCCCAUUUAACGUGCAUGACCCAUCAGAGAAUCCUGUAUGACCAAGAUCUGUUCAUUUGAUCCUUCAAGGCUUAAAGUCUGUUUGUAAUUGAAUGAGAAAACUAGCACAAUUUAUCGAUUAACAAUCCUUUAUUUUGGAUUUGUAUAUUUAUUUUAGGGACUCUCCUAUUUGAAUAAUGAAGCCAAGACACAGGGUAAUUUAUUUGUAAUGAAGGAACUCAUCCAAACCAGUGCAGCAGUUUAUUAUCCUGUGAAAGCGUUUAAUCAGGAAGACGCAGAAGAGCUUUGUUUGCUUUGUUCUGAUUCCCUGAAAAGGUGCCUGGUUCUUCAUCUUCCUGCAUGUUUACUUUAUAACGUUUGACCUUACACUUAAAGCUGACAACCCUUAAGUUCGUCAGCAUCAACACAUUCCAGUCAGACGUCCAAAUAAUGUUCCGCUUUUAAAUUCAAGAAAAGAAAAGCCAAAACCUGCUCUGUGUUCACUGUGCUUCAUUCUUAAAGCUUCUUUGUUGCUUUUGUAAACUGUGCUAUGCAUAGUGUCUGGUGACUACUGUCUAUUGUGUUCUUUAUCGUUGUGAGACUGCCUUUGACCGAAGUAUUAAAAGUGCUCUUGUUAGUUGACCGUGCCUGUAGUGCUGUUGAAGUGUGCGGGGCUGGUCACACCGGGGGUCAAAGUGUUGGGUUUAUUUUGAAUCAUUCCAAUAAAAUAGCUGCUGAUAGGGUAUUUGCUCAAGGGGGGAGAGAUGAAUCAACUCAGAUGUUGCACAUUAAGUUCAACUUUGGUGAAUUUGACUUUGAAAUUAGUUCUUUUAACCAAAGGUAGCCCAUCUUUACAACGCUUUGAAGAGAUCAGGAGUUGGAGAGUAGCUGUCGUAGCUUCCAGAGCUAAUUAUCCGUGUUGUAUCUCAAGCGUUCCUCUAAACUGCUGUGACAGAUUAUAAACUGUUUAAGGAAAGGAGAAUGGUUAGUGAGGAUGCAGGAGCAUGGAUAAAAACUAGAGAAGGUGCUGCCGCCAAGCCUUGCCUCCAAUGCUACCAAGUGGCCACUAGCGGUACUGCAGCUACAACCCACUAAAGAUCAUUUCCCCAGUUUUCUGUUUCCCACAUUUUAAACCAGGCGUCUUUAAAACUGUUGACCAACCUUGAACAACAAACAAGUCUUGAGUUUUGACUUUCAUAUGAUUUGUUCAUGGAUGAAGUUUUAAAAUUCUUUGAACUUUAAAAGAUCGUUUAUGUAAUAACAGUCACAGCUCUUUGUCGAUCAGGUUUAUUCAGUCAUGUUUAAUGAGCAUGAAACGUUCAUGAUGUGCGGAAAGCGAUUAAAAGAAGUCUAAGCACGUAUGCACUAGGCGAGCAUUCCCAUUGGACUAGGCCAGUCUUUUCCUCUGGUAUCCAGCUCCAAUAGUUUGUUUUAAUGGACAGCAGUCAAUCCUACAAGUAUGUCCUUUGACAAGUUAGCUACUAAGCUACACCAACAACUGAGCGUUAGCAAGCGUGCUAUUCCCGGGAGCUUUAUCUCCCCUCUUUAAUAACUCUGUUGGUCUACACGGAAGAUUUAAAACACAAGUGGCAGUAAACAGAACUUUAGAGGUCAAAUCUGGGAGAGCACUAGAGUUAGAUUCUACAACUAAUUAUUUUUGCAGAAAAGCACAAAUUAAAUUCCCCGCACAACGUCCUGGUGUGACCAGUCCUUACCUGAGGAACAGGUGAGAGGGAUGUCGGCGUCCAGGAGCUGGACUAAUGAUGUCCUGUUAAUAACAUGUUGGAGAAGCUGCUGUAUGUAAUGUCAGAGUAUGAAAUGCCACAGCACAACAGAUCCACCUUUAUCGUGGUUUCUAAAAAUGUAAAUAAAAUCUCCUCUUUGAUUGUUGGAUUAUUUAUCUGGAGUUCUGUUCACUGAACUUUUCUACGUUUCUCUUUUCAGUUGGAAUUCAUUGUUUUGUUGAUCUCAAACGUGUAUGCUGACAAAUAAAAAGUGUACAGAUUUUAACACGGCA